AGAAGCGGCGGGGCGAGCCGGGGACUCUAGUGAACAACGCAGCCGGGCGGAGAUCCCCGGCGGGCGGCAAGCGAAAACUGCCCGGGGCCCAUCGGUCUCCGAGAUGUCACGAUGGCUUUGGCCAUGGUCGAAUUGUGUGAAAGAGCGUGUCUGCCGCUACUUGCUACACCAUUACUUGGGUCACUUCUUUCAGGAACACCUCAGCCUGGACCAGCUCAGCCUCGAUCUGUACAAGGGCAGCGUUGCUCUGCGAGAUAUCCACCUGGAGACCUGGUCUGUGAACGAGGUUCUGAGGUCAGUGGAAUCGCCACUGGAAUUGGUGGAAGGCUUCGUGAGCUCCAUUGAGGUGGCCGUGCCCUGGGCUGCGCUGCUUACUGACCACUGCACUGUGCACGUGACAGGCCUUCAGCUCACCCUGCAGCCCCGCCAGGGCCCAGGGCCAGGGGCUGCUGACUCUCAGAACUGGGCCUCAUGCAUGACUACAAGCUUGCAGCUGGCCCAAGAGUGUCUGCGUGAUGGACUGCCUGAGCCCUCAGAGCCACCGCAGCCCCUGGAGGGGCUGGAAAUGUUCGCUCAAACCAUAGAGACAGUGCUGCGGAGGAUCAAGGUGACCUUCCUGGACACUGUUGUGAGGGUGGAGCACACGCCGGGCGAUGGGGAGCAUGGCUUGGCUGUGGAGGUCCACGUGCAGAGACUGGAGUACUGUGACGAAGCCGUGAGAGACCCAAGCCAGGCACCCCCGGUGGAUGUGCAUCAGCCGCCUGCCUUCCUGCACAAGCUGCUGCAGCUGGCAGGGGUCCGCCUUCAGUUUGAGGAGCUACCCCCACAGGUGGACUCGCCAAAGCCCCCCUUGCAGAUUGGCAGCUGCUCAGGGUCCAUGGAGCUGGUGGUGAAGCUGAAGCAGAACGAGGCCUUCCCAGGCCCCAAGUUGGAGGUAGCAGGACAACUGGGCUCGCUGCACCUGCUCCUGACCCCACAGCAGCUCCAGCAACUUCAAGAACUGUUCAGCGCUGUCAGCCUUGCAGACUCAGAAGGCCUGGCUGAUAAGCUGAACAAGAGCCGCCCACUAGGCGCCGAAGACCUGUGGCUGAUUGAACAGGAUUUAAAUCAGCAGCUGCAGGCGGGUGCCGUGGCUGAGCCCCUCAGCCCGGACCCCAUCACCAAUCCCCUCCUCAACUUGGACAGCACUGACCUCUUCUUCUCCAUGGCUGGCCUCACAAGCAGUGCGACCUCUGCAGUCUCUGAGCUUUCCCUGUCUGGCAUAGACCUGGCUUCCUCUGCGCACAGUAACAUGGCCUCCCACCGGCUCUCCACCCCAGCCCACCCGGUUGGCAAAAUGGCCCCCACUCCCCUUCCAGACACCAUGCGCCCUGACUCCCUGCUGAAGAUGACCUUGGGAGGUGUGACCCUGACCUUGCUUCAGACAGCUGCCCCGUCUUCCGGAGUACCUGACCUCACCACCCAGUUUUUUGCCGAGUUUGAUGCCACCAAAGAAGGGCCCUUUGCCUCGCGGGACUUCCAUCAGCUCCGGCCACGCUUCAAGAGGGCCUGUCCUCACAGCCACGUCCGGCUCACGGGUACCUCUGUGCAACUGUCCUGGGAGUUGCGGACAGGCAGGCGCGGCCAGCGGACCAGCAGCACAGAGGUGCAUUUCGGGCAGCUGGAGGUGCUGGAGUGUCUGUGGCCCAGAAGUGCCUCGGAGCCUGAGUACACAGAGAUUCUGAGUUUUCCCAGCAACCUGGGCUCCCAAGCCUCGGCUCGGCCCUGUGCCCACUUGCGUCACACACAGACUCAGCGUCGGGUACCCAAGAGCCGGCCCCGGCGCUCUGUCACCUGCUAUUGCCACUCAGAACUAUCCCUGGACCUGGCAGACUUCCAAGCAGACGUGGAGCUGGGGUCCCUGGACCGCCUUACUGCCCUCCUGCACCAGGCUACCCUACCCCCUGAGCCACCCACUGGCCUGCUAACAGAACCCCCUGUGGCCACUGAGCAACAGACAGUGUUUCAGCUCUCAGCGCCUCGGGCCACAUUGAGGCUGCGCUUUCCCAUCGCAGACCUACGGCCUGAGCGGGACCCCUGGGCCGGCAGGGCUGUGCGGGCCGAGCAGCUACGGCUGGAACUGAGUGAGCCUCAGUUCCGCUCAGAGCUUAGCAGUGGGCCUGGUCCUCCAACCCCUACCCGCUUGGAACUCACUUGCUCCGACCUGCAUGGAAUCUAUGAAGAUGGGGAGAAGCCGCCUGUCCCCUGCCUACGUGUUUCCAAAGCUCUGGACCCCAAAAGCACGGGUCGCAAGUAUUUUCUGCCUCAGGUAGUGGUCACCUUGAACCCCAAGUCCAGGAGUGCACAGUGGGAGACUACCCCAGAGAAGGGCGAAGAUCUUGAGCUAUCGACUGAGAGUCCAUGUGAGCUGCGGGAACCUGAGCCCUCGCCCUUCUCCUCCAAGAGGACUAUGUACGAGACGGAGGAGAUGGUCAUCCCCGGAGACCCUGAGGAGAUGAGGACAUUCCAGAGCCGGACCCUGGCGCUGUCCCGCUGCAGCCUAGAUGUGACCCUGCCCAGUGCCCACAUCUUUCUGCCCAGCAAGGAAGUCUACGAAAGCAUCUACAACAGGAUCAACAAUGACCUGCUCAUGUGGGAGCCUGCAGACCUGCUUCCCACGCCCGCUGCUGCGCCUCAACCCCCUGGUCUCCCGGGCUCAACGGGGUUCAAGAUGUGCAAGUCGGCCUUCAAGAUAGCCCAGCCGACUUGUUCCGCCUUAGACUCUGACUCGGAUGAUGAAGACGCUCAGUUCUUCUCCGUGGGGGCAUCGGGUGCUCCCCGGCCCCCCGCCCCCGUGCCCUCAGGCCGUCAUUCCCAGAGUACCUUCUCUACACUGGUGACAGUGCUAAAGGGUCGGAUCACAGCACUCUGUGAGGCCAAGGACGAAUCUAGUAGGAGGUUGGAGUUUGCACAUGGGGAGCUGGUGCUGGACGUGGAGCAGGGUACCAUCUUUAGUGUCUCCCAGUACCGUGGUCAGCCGGGGCUUGGCUACUUCUGCCUGGAAGCCGAAAAGGCGACGCUCUACCACCGAGCUGCCAUGGAUGACUACCUCCUGCCCACUCACCUGGAUCUGCCCAGCUCUUCUCCCCCGGCCCAGCUGGCCCCAACCAUCUACCCAUCAGAGGAAGGGGUGGCUGAACGAGCCUCUGCCCGCAAGGGCCAGGGCCCGGGACCUCCCAUGCUGUCUGCGGCGGUGCGCAUCCACCUAGACCCCCACAAGAAUGUCAAGGAGUUCUUGGUGACAAUACGGCUCCACAAAGCCACUCUACGCCACUACAUGGCCUUGCCUGAACAGAGCUGGCAUUCCCAGCUGUUGGACUUCUUGGAUGUGCUGGAUGACCCCGUGCUUGGCUACCUGCCCCCAACAGUCAUCACCGUUCUGCACACACACCUCUUCUCCUGCGCUGUGGACUACAGGCCCCUCUACCUCCCUGUGCGUGUCCUUGUCACCGCCGAGACCUUCACCCUCUCCAGCAACAUUGUCAUGGACACAUCUACCUUCGUGCUCAGGUUCAUCCUUGACGACUCUGCCCUGUACCUGUCCGACAAGUGUGAGACGGAGACCCUGGAUGUGCGGCGAGACUACAUCUGUGUCCUGGAUGUUGACCUCCUAGAGCUUGUGAUCAAAACCUGGAAAGGGAGCACUGAGGGCAAACUGAGCCAGCCGCUGUUUGAGCUGCGCUGCUCCAACAACGUGGUACAUGUACACAGCUGUGCUGACUCCUGCGCUCUGCUGGCCAACCUGCUCCAGUACGUCACCAGCGCGGGUGAUCUGCACCCCCCACCCCGGCCCCCCAGCCCCACGGAGAUCGCCGGCCAGAAGCUCUCUGAGAGCCCCGCCUCCCUGCCCUUGUGCCCACCAGUGGAGACAGCCCUCAUCAACCAGCGGGACCUCACGGACGCCCUCCUGGACACCGAGCGCAGCCUGUGGGAACUGGCUCAGUCCUCAGGUGGUCUCCUCCCUCAGGCAUCGCCUGUCUCUGUCUACCUGUUUCCAGGUGAACGGAGUGGGGCCCAGGCCCCGGCCCCCCCUCCUGGGGCCCCUUCUGACAACUUAGGGUGCCGCUCUGAAGUAAAGGAAAAUGAAAGGGAAGAAGAGAGGGAUGGAGACACCCUGGACAGUGAUGAAUUCUGCAUCCUUGACGCCCCUGGUCUGGGCAUCCCGCCCCGAGAUGGGGAGCCCGUGGUGACACAGCUGCAUCCAGGCCCCAUCGUCAUACAGGAUGGACACUUCUCCCGGCCACUGGGCAGCACAGAUCUCCUGAGGGCACCCGCCCACUUCCCAGUGCCCAGCAGCCGUGUGGUGCUGCGGGAAGUCUCUCUCAUAUGGCACCUCUAUGGGGGCCGAGACUUUGGCCCCCACCCCUCCCACAGGACAAGAGCUGGCUUCACAGGCCCCAGGAGCUCCCCUUCCCGCAGCUCUGGCCCCAACAGGCCCCAGAACUCCUGGCGCACACAGGGCGGCAGUGGGCGACAGCACCAUGUCCUCAUGGAGAUCCAGCUCAGCAAGGUGAGCUUCCAGCAUGAAGUCUACCCAGAAGAGCCAGCCACGGGCACGGCCCCUGGCCAGGAGCUGGAGGAGCGGCCUCUGUCCCGCCAGGUGCUCAUCGUCCAGGAGCUCGAGAUCCGUGACCGCCUGGCCACCUCCAAGAUCAACAAGUUCCUGCACCUGCACACGAGCGAGCGGCUGCCACGGCGCACGCAUUCCAACAUGCUCACCAUCAAGGCACUGCAUGUGGCCCCCACCAGCAGCCUGGGUGGCCCUGAGUGCUGUCUUCGAGUCUCGCUGAUGCCUCUGCGGCUCAACGUGGACCAGGAUGCCCUCUUCUUUCUCAAGGACUUUUUCACCAGCCUGGCCGCUGGCAUCAACCCCAUGAUCUCAGGGGAUGCCUCCACUGAGGCUUGCCCUGAGAUGCAAGGCCAGCCCAGCAACCCCCAAGAAGGGCAGUCUGAAGGCACAGAGACAACAAGCAGUCUACAGGAAGCCCCAGGUGGCAGCCACAGCUCCUCUGACCAGCAGCCCAUCUACUUCAGGGAGUUCCGCUUCACAUCAGAGGUGCCCAUCUGUCUGGAUUACCACGGCAAGCAUGUCACCAUGGACCAAGUGGGCACAUUCACUGGCCUCUUCAUCGGCCUGGCCCAGCUCAACUGCUCCGAGCUGAAGCUCAAGCGGCUCUGCUGCCGGCAUGGGCUCCUGGGUGUGGACAAGGUGCUGGGCUAUGCCCUCAAUGAGUGGCUGCAAGAUAUCCGCAAGAACCAGCUGCCUGGGCUGCUCGGUGGCGUGGGCCCCAUGCACUCAGUUGUCCAGCUCUUCCAAGGGUUCCGGGACCUGCUGUGGCUGCCCAUUGAGCAGUAUAGGAAGGAUGGGCGCCUCAUGCGGGGGCUGCAGCGUGGGGCUGCCUCCUUCGGCUCGUCCACAGCCUCUGCUGCCCUGGAACUGAGCAACCGGGUCGUACAGGCCAUCCAGGCCACAGCUGAAACAGUGUAUGACAUUCUGUCCCCGGCGGCUCCCAUCUCCCGCUCACUGCAAGACAAGCGAUCUUCUCGGAGGCUGCGCAGAGGUCAGCAGCCAGCUGACCUCCGGGAAGGCAUGGCCAAAGCUUAUGAUGCUGUUCGAGAGGGCAUCCUGGACACAGCUCAGACCAUCUGUGAUGUGGCAUCACGGGGCCAUGAGCAGAAGGGACUGACAGGUGCCGUCGGAGGUGUGAUCCGACAGUUGCCCCCAACAGUGGUGAAGCCCAUAAUCGUCGCCUCAGAGGCCACAUCCAAUGUGCUUGGAGGCAUGCGCAACCAGAUCCUACCCGAUGCCCAUAAGGACCAUGCUCUCAAGUGGCGCUCAGAGGAGGCCCAGGACUAACUGGGCACCCCUCUAGGGGGUGCUGCCCAACCACCCUCUCAGUCUGCCCACUGUGGCCAGCUAGCCCCAGUGGAUGCUGCCUGCCCCCCUGUUUCCUGAGAUCUACGACCCAUUGCCAGGCCACCGGGUCCUUCAGGGGAUGGCACUAUGAAGGACACCGGCCUGGCAUGUCUGCUGCCAAUCUGCCGUGAGAGUGGAGCCUCCCGGCCUUGGGGCCUCAGCCCUGUCUGUGCACUUUUCCUCUGGGGAGAAAGGACACUGCCCUUCUCCACCACCUGGACCCCUACUGCUGCCUUGUCCAAGGAUGAGGAUGGAGGCUUCUGGACCCUCGGACCCCACUCAGCCAAGUGACUCUCCGUGUUUCAUGGGGAGGUGGGGGACAGAUGCCUUGUGGGUCAGUGUAUUAUUUUUAAGCUUCCCAAGUGUGUGGGUCAGUGUCUGCAUGAAGUGGAAUAAACUUGCCCACUCACA